CAGCUCUCCCUGACUUACAUUUAUAGCUACACGAUAGGCGACCAUUGUUUUUCUUGCCCCCCAAAUCACGACAAGCAUACGCGGAAUUUCCAUCGACUUCUCACGGUAUUGGUGCGCAGCCUACCUGGCGAGUGCAGUACAGGAUGUCGACCACACCAGACUUCACCACCGACUUCUACACAACCUUGGCUCCGUUGUUUUCGGAUGUGCCACAGUUAGACGCAUCCCAGUCCAACACAACGUCGUGUCAGCAAUGGGAGGAGGCCCAUCACCUGCUGUUCCACCUGGGAAACCUGUGUCUACUCGCAGGUCUGGUCAUCCCGACUACAUUUGGACUUCACAUGAUUUUCCUGAGACUUCUGUUUAUGGGAGGGUGUAGUUUCUUCAUCGCCUGGGCAACGCUCUACCGAUGCACCUUGGACAUUGUGGGCUGGAACAUAGUCUUCCUCGUGGUCAACUUCAUGCAUUUCUUCUUCCUCAUGUACAAACGCAGACCUAUUAAGAUUGACAGGGAGCUGAGGCCCGUGUACAAGCGCAUGUUCGAGCCGCUGCACGUUCGGGAGGCUCUGUUCCAGAGGCUGACGGGUCAGUUCUGCACCAUCCAGACCCUGAAGAAGGGCCAGGUGUACGCUGCCGAGGACAAGACGUCCGUGGACGAACGCCUCAGCAUCCUCCUCAAGGGAAAAAUGAAGGUGACCUACCGUGGUCAUUUCCUCCACAACAUCUACACCAAUGCCUUCAUCGACUCCCCUGAGUUCCGGUCAACCCAGAUGCACAGAGGAGAGCGGUUCCAGGUGACCAUUAUGGCUGAGGAGAAUUGCAAGUUCCUGUGCUGGUCGAGAGAGAGGCUCACUUAUUUCCUCGAGUCCGACUCCUUCCUGAACGAGGUGUUCAGAUACCUUAUUGGCAAGGACAUUACAAACAAACUCUACUCACUGAAUGACCCCACACUUAGUGACAAGGCGGUGAAGAAGAUGGACCGGCAGCCGAGCCUGUGCUCCCAGCUGUCCAUGACGCAGGUGAGGAACAGCAUGGCCAGCACGGGGGACACCGAUGACGUCCUGCACCAGAUCCUGAGAGGAGGCUCCGCCGGCUCCUCACUGCAGAAAUCUCCAAUGGCGAAAGCCAGCACGAUGAAGCCUAUUGAAGAAGCCAUGGAGGACGACGUGUUUGAGUCCGAUUCCCCCUCCACAACAGACCAUGUCCCCAGUACCUCCCACCAGGAGGUCUGAAGAGUAGGGAUCAGUUAUAAUGAUACCCCCCUCCCCCACACCACCCCACCACCACCAACCCCACCCCACCACCACCUCCUCUCAGCCUGAGCAGAGAGCAACCACCAGAAAGAUCAGAGAUCACUCACCCUCUUAAAACCAGCAUGUGUAGGAAAGUGUUUAUGCUGAGGGAGGACACAAAUUGGUUUCUUAUUUCUUUAGCUGUGACGUGAGUACUUGCCCUUUCAGGACACUAUGUGUGUGUGUGUG